GCUCUCUACACCAACUCCAAAGUCUCUUAGCGUUGGAGAGCAUCGACAAUGGCCCAAGUCGACGCCUCUCUCACAGCAGUGGAAUCCCAUACGGCUCCACAUCCCGGCACGGAGGAGGGGGCAAAUUCAGGACGACGACCAGAGUGCUUCAAUUCAACAUUGCAAGAGUGUCUCUUCGUGCUAACAGCAACGAUGUCUAUCGGCAUGAGCUCAUUUCUAUAUGGUAUCACCACGGUAAUUACGGCGCCCAUUGGAAGGGAUUUGCAUAUGACCAGCGCGCAGCUCACGUGGAUCAAUGCCUCCGGGGCACUGAGCUCGGGUUCUUUCCUGCUUUUCUUUGCCAAGGUAGCUGAUACAUUUGGUCGGCGCUCUCUCCUUAUCUUCGCCAUGGCCGCCUUUGCCAUAUCAAGUCUUAUUGCUGGAUUCGCUACCAACGCGAUGUAUCUGGAUGUUUUUGGAGGUCUUCUCGGUCUCUGGCCUGCCGCUGCUGUUCCUCCUGCUGUUGGCAUUCUUGGCGCAGCAUACGGUGUCCCUUCGAAGAGAAAGAACAAAGCAUUCGCCUGCUUCAGUGCAGGAAAUCCUGUUGGGUUCGUGAUGGGGUCAAUAUUUUCAGGGGUGGCAGCGAAUUUGUUUAAUUGGAGAGCAUCCCUGUGGCUGCUGGCCAUCAUCUACGUAUGCUUCUUCGUGGCUGCCAUUUGGACUGUGCCGAAAACUCAGGCUGAGACAGAGAGGUUGAGCUGGGAUGUUUUGAAGAGGCUUGAUUUGUUUGGAAUCUUGUUGAGUAUUGCGGGUAUUGCGUUAUUCUGCUCCUCGUUGACCAUUGCAGGUGGAGCUGCUCAUGGUUGGCGAACAAGCUAUGUGUUGGUGCUACUUGUGCUUGGUAUUGCUCUCAUGGUGAGCUUUAUCGGAUGGGAAGGGUAUUGUAAAUACCCAUUAAUGCCUCUUCAAAUCUGGCGGGACAGAAACUUCUCUCUCAUCAGCGUCGUCGUUUUACUGGGCUUCAUGUCGUUCACUACAUCGGCAUUCUGGCUGUCUCUAUACAUGCAAAAUGUUCUGAAAUUUUCAGCCCUCAAAGUUGCCAUUCAUCUGCUACCACAAGCCAUCGGUGGUAUUUUGGUCAAUGUUUUCGCUGGACUGGUCUUGCAUCGUGUCAACAACAAACUUUUGACCGGAAUUGGCGCUCUGGCUUAUCUCGGCUCUGCCAUCUUGCUUGCAACAAUGAAAGAAGAGAGCUCAUACUGGGCGUUUAUUUUCCCUUCCCUACUGCUAUCGGUCAUCGGUGCCGACCUGCAGUUUAAUGUCGCCAACAUGUACGUCAUGUCCUCACUCCCACCAAACCAACAAUCCCUUGCCGGCGGGAUCUUCAACACCGUGACCAAGAUCUGCUCUGCAAUCGGUCUCGGCAUCUCAGCUAGCCUAUACAACGCGGAGUCCUCUGGAACUGCAGCUCUUCAAACGGCGACCAAGCCGUACCAUGGUGUAUUUUGGUUUUGUGUUGCGAGUGCGGCGUUGGGUUUGUGCUUUGUCCCGUUUCUGACGAUUGGGACCCAGGGCCAGGAGAGUAAGGCAUCGAGUGUGACGAACUAUGUUGAUGAAAAGAGUGUAAGUAAUGAGAACGGGAAGAAGCCCUAAGAUCUUGCGGUUCAGGAUGUUCGGGCUGGGGAGAAGCAGCAGUAACAAAAUCUGGGUCGCCUGGUGAAAGGAUUAGGAUUAAGUUAUAGCCAGUAAAUAACUCGUAUACACACAGGUAUACCAAGAGUAAAUAGUACUAUACUGAAACUUGGCAGUUUAACGAGAAAGUGGUCCAACCGAGGAAGCGAGGGACGGCAAAAGGAG